AUGAAGAUCACACUAUCCUCUUGGCUCGCAGCAGCCUGCCUUCUCCCCUCCGCUCUCGCUUUCCCUCAACUCAGCCCUGAACAAGUCGAGGCUUAUCGCCAACACGCUGAGAGAGCCCCCGAAGCCUGCCCCUUCUCUGCUCAACAAGAAAAGCGAGAUGCAGGUGACUGCCCCUACGCAAAGGAGAAGAGAGCUGCAAAGUUCGACGCCAAGAAGCAGCGCAUCAGUGUUUCUGGUCAGCAUGCCUUUCACGCUCCCAACUUCAAGCUUGGUGACCAGAGAGGUCCCUGCCCUGGUCUGAAUGCGCUUGCCAACCACGGAUACCUGCCUCGUAAUGGUGUUGCGGAUAUGCAGACCAUCAUCCAGGCCACUAACGAGGUCUACGGCAUGAGUCUUGACCUUGGAGGUUUCCUCGCUGUCUACGGUACCGUCUUCAAUGGUAACCCGCUGUCCACCAGCCCAGGCUACUCCAUUGGUGGUCCCAGCCGCUUCAGCCAGAACAUCCUCAAUGGAGGUGGUAUCCUUGGUACCCCUUCUGGUCUCAGCGGUAGUCACAACAAGUAUGAGUCCGAUGUCAGCGCUACACGAGGCGAUCUUUAUGUGACUGGAAACAACUUCCACGUUGUUCUGAGCCGCUUUGAGGAAUACUGGAAGGCCAUUCCACUCAACACCCCAGCCCCCAAACAAUACACCGCUCUGGCGCCGUUCCACUACAAGCGAUUCCAGGACUCUGAGAAGACUAACAGUCACUUCUUCUACUCGCCUUUCGCGGGUGUCUUAGUCUCCCCUGCUGCAUAUUCCUUCCCUCCGCGAAUGAUGGCCAACCACUCCAGCAAAUACCCUGAGGGUUACCUCUCCCGAGAAGUCUUUACCAGCUUCUUCGGUGUCAAGGGUGACAAGCCUGGUAACUUCAAGGUCAACCAGGGCUGGGAACGCAUCCCUGAGAACUGGUACCGUCGCCCGAUAGGUGACGAGUUCUCCAUUCCAGACUUCCUCAUCGAUGUUCUUGAGCAUGCUGCCAAGUACCCUCGUCUGUUGAACAUCGGUGGUAACACCGGCAAGGUCAACAGUUUCGCCGGUGUCGAUAUCAAGGACCUCACUGGCGGUGUCUUCAACACUGCCAUGCUCCUCAAGCCCAACAACCUCGAGUGCUUCGUUAUGCAGAUCAUCAUGGCUGCUGCCCCUGAUGUUCUCGGAAGUCAAUUCACCGAUGUCAAGAAGGCUUUGACACCCUUGAGCGAUAAGCUCCGUCAGCUUCUUGCUAACAAGAGUUGUCCUAAGCUUCAAAAGUAUAACCAGAAGCUGUUUGCCAAGUAUCCUGGUUACACUGAGGCGUACGGCAGCUACGCUGGUGUUUCCAAGGGUUCUCUCAAGGGAAUUAUUGAGACGGGAAAGGGAAUUCUGGGAGGACUUUGGCCUACUGGUAACUAG